AUGCCGGGUCCUGGUUCAGGCUCACCUCUGAGCGUGUCUCUCCAAGACAAGCGGCAGCAAGGGCGUCAGCCUGGGAGCUCAAAGCCUGCGCGGCGUGACCCCAGCAGCAGAACGGGCCCUAGGAAAAAAUCUUUUGGGAAAGGUCGCAGAACCACUGUUCACUUUCAGAGACCGCUGCUGGGAAAGGGACAGUCUCCCUACGCGACUGCGCGGCUCGGGGCUCCGGACGGGAGGUGGGGCGCCCCGCGCAUCUUCCUAGACCUGCAGUAG